AUGAGCGAUAGUUAUUUAUUAUUUAUUUUAAAUCGGAAAGCAAAUGGAAAUACUUCACCGAUUAAAUGUCGAAUAUCCGAUACACAUUUAUUUAGUUUAUUACAAUUAAUGAAAACAGUUCUAUAUCGACAAACAUUUGAUCAAGAACAACGAAAACAAAAUCAAAGAAAUAAAACAGAUCAACAUUUAUCUACUGGAUGUCUUCAAUCAUCUGGUUUAAGUAUUCGUGGUCAUGCAAUGCUUUCACAUGUAGGUUUACCACCUGAACGUGAAAUACUUGAAUAUGCUUGGCAAAUGGAAAUUAUACUUGGUAAAAUCUCAGCUCGUUUAACAACAAUUCAAGUUUUGUUCAAAAAUUUUUAUUUACAAAUAAUGGAAGAUGAAUAUAAUCUUGCUCGCUUACUAUAUAUUGAUAAAGCAAAAUGGAUUUUUGUAAAACUUAAAUAUGAUGUACUUAGAUUUAGUUUAGAUUCAAUUAAUCUUAAUCUCAUUGAAGUUAUAAAUGCUGUUAAUAUUCAGAUAGCACCUAUUCGUUUAUGUAUGUGUAAUAUGCAUACAUCAUUAUGUAAUGAAAAUUUAAAUUUAAAAGUUCGUACAAUACAAAUUCGACAAUUAUUACGUCUUUAUCUUGGUUCAUGGUUAGAAGAUGGUUCAAUUAGUAUUCCCGAAUUACGUAUUAAUGCAAAACUUGAAUGUCAUCCACCAACACCUACUACAAUUAAUAAACAAUUAGAAUCUCUUCGUUGA